AUGGGCUUUUCCGAGUCGCAUUCGGAGACGCGAUACCUCUCAACAAACCCUGUUUCUUUCACGUCUCCGCACUCCGCGUAUUGAGUACUCCACCCUCCACAAUGUUGGAUCCCCAUUCUGGGGAUCCGAGUUGCCCUAGUGGUCUUGCAGGCGUCGAUGGUCCCACUCACGAGGGCGUCUGAUUGCGCUCAAACCUACGCUACGUCUUCUCUAGAGCUGAUGCGCGAAGCCUUGGUCCAGCUCUACACCGUGGCCAUCUGAAGUACAAAUUGGUAUGUUGUAACCCUGGUGAUCUUCAUCGUUCCAACCACUUUUGUUCACUUGAUUUUCUAUUCUGUUUCAUUCUCUUUGGAGUGUUCCGAAACAUAUAUCUCCUCUCCACAUUACCAUCUCUUGUCUCUUCAGGCAACAUGGCUGCUCAGGACAAACCAACCGAUGCCCAUGUAGAAAAUACCUCCAGAUCAGAUCUGGAUGACAUUCAAAACCUCAAGAACGUCGACGGCGAUGUUGCAUUGAAGAUGUUCGACGAUUACUCGGCCUUGAACUCUCAUAUCGAUCCAAAAGCAGAACGCAGACUCGUCAGAAAGCUCGACAUGUACAUAAUUCCAUUCAUCUGCAUAACCUACCUCAUCACUUACAUUGACAAAGCCACUCUCGGCUAUGCUGCCAUCUUCGGUAUGACAAAAGAUGCUCACCUUGUGGGUACUCAAUAUAGUUGGCUGGGUUCCAUCUUCUACUUUAGAUACCUCUUCUUCGAGUAUCCCACUAGUUUCGCCAUGCAGAAAGUCUCAGUUGCAAAAUGGCUCGGCGUAAACAUCUUUCUAUGGGGCGGGAUCUGUAUGGCCCUUGCCUACCUCCUCAUCACAGCCAUGUGGUACACGGUCGAAGAACAACCCAUCCGCGUUGGAUACUGGUCUACUUUUCUGGGACUUGCCAACUCGUUUGGCGGUCUGCUUGCGUAUGGUAUUGGUAAUAUCAAAGGAGGCGCCCUGGACUCUUGGCGAUACCAAUUCAUUGUGAUCGGGUCAUUCUCUGCUGCGUGGGGCAUCAUUGUGUUCCUUUUCCUGGCUGAAAACCCUGCUUCGGCUCGGUUCCUAUCCGACGACGAGAAAAAGAUGGCCGUUGAGCGUGUCCGCGAAAACCAGACCGGAAUCAAAAACACCACCUUCAAAAAAUACCAGCUCAUCGAAGCUCUUCUCGAUCCCAAAACCUGGUUUCUCUUCUUCUUUGGUCUAUCAACACAAGUCGUCAAUGGAUCCGUCAGUAACUUUGGAACAUUGACCAUCAAAGGUUUCGGGUAUUCCAGUCUUGUUACCACCCUCCUCCAAAUCCCAUACGGAGCGAUCAUCAUCUUCGCCGUCCUCUCCGCCAUGUAUCUUCAACGCUGGCUACCGGGACAGAAGAGAUGCAUCGUCGCAGGCCUAUACGUCCUCCCUGCCCUCGCCGGCGUUGCGGGAAUAACUGCUUUGCCCGCAUCGAGUAAACACGCUCGAUUGGCUUGCUACUACUUAACAGCAUUCUACACCGCCUCCUUCGCGAUCUGCAUGUCCCUAAUAACAGCCAACACCUGCGGCUCCACGAAACGCACCACCGUGAACGCUAUCUUCUUCAUCUCCUACUGCGCCGGCAACAUCAUCGGGCCAUUUGCUUUCAAGCCCGCUGAAGCCCCCGUGUACCGUUCUGGUAUCAUUGCCAUUCUCGUCGCGUACUGUGUGGAAAUUGUGGUUCUGGUUGGAUUUGCGGGGUAUUUGAGGAUGCUUAAUGGGAGGAAGGAACGGGAUGAAACCAAAUCACAUUAUUUAUAG